AUGGACAUUUGUAAAAUUGCCUUUAAAACUGCUGCCUCAUCCCAGCCUGCUGUCUCCCAGUCUGCUGCUGCUGCCUCAUCCCAGCCUGUUAUCUUCCAGUCUGCUGCUGUCCCAUCCCAGCCUGCCUUUUCCCAGUCUGCUGCUGCUGCUUCUUCAUCCCAGCCUGCCACAGUCCAGUAUGCACCAGGCUUUCCUCUUCCGGAGCCUGAGGAGCUUUUGGCUGUGGAUGAGCGAAACAUUCCAGGAAUGGACCGGGUGGAUAGACUGUCUGAGUAUUUGGUAGAGCUGAGGUCGAGCACAGGGUUAACCCUCAACAAAAAGCAGGUUGAUGACAUUGUGUGCCUGUGGCAGAGCCUGCUUGAAUACGACAAGCAGCAUGUGAAGUUUCCUUUCAGAUACCAGGACAGGCUGACCACAGGGAGGUUCAGGUCCCCAAAAAAGAAGGCCGUUUUCAUCCCUGGAGUAGACAGCGUGAAACGAUGUGUGUUGGGGUCCACAGCAUCACCUGUCCAAUGGCCAGACUGCUGUCGUCUUGUCGAGGCAAUUUUCAUCAGGCUCUGUCGCAUACAUCAAAGUCCAAAGAAGAACGAAAAAGGAUCAUGCAGUCGCUGGUCUCUCAUUUUAAAUGACUACCGCAAGAUCCGGCAGCUGAUCCUUUCUAAUGGCGCCAUCCUGCAGGACACUACUCUCCAGCUAGUAGAAGUCAAUCAGACCACUCUGAUCAAUUGGCAUAAUAAUAAGUUUAAGAAGCAAGAUCAAACUCUUCUGCUUCAGGGAAUUGAUCUGCCUGACCCUUUUAGUGUUGCUGCUGAGGCUCUCCCACCUGCCAGUGUUCGUGCUGUUGCUCCACCUCAGGUCCAGGGAGAACAACAUAAUUACAACCUUCCACAGAGCACAGCUGGGCAAGCAAAACUGAAAAGGCGCACUUCGUGCAGUACAACUGAGGCGGUUAAAGCUAAGCAGACCCCCUAAGGCCAAUAAUUCCCAGGCCUGUUGGCAACACACAACAAGUUCCUUUCUUUGCCAGCCCGACGGUCACACUUGCCUCCCACAGUACCCCUACCUACACACUGAUUGCUGUCCCUCAAAACCCUCUUCCUACAGCCCCAGGUACUUUAAAUGUAAAUCCAAAACACAUUUAUGUCCUCCCUCCUACAGCUACAGUCAGUCAAUCUGAACACACUGCCCCUCGUCCGUACCACAGGAAGGUUGAGGCAAACACCUGUAGGAAGUGUGGGCAGUUUAGAACCACAGUGACCGGGCACAGCCAGUAUAGAGGGACAAUCUACUGCCCUGCCACAGAGACUCUAACAAAGGAGCAGUGGCUUGAAAAAGUAAAGAAAAAAAAAUAGUUUUACAUGUUUAUAAAUGUAUGUGUGUAUAUGUAUAUACUAAUAUGUAUAUAGUUUUAUAAAGUUUAUGCCUUUGUCUUUUAUUAUUUUUAUUGUGUUGGCAAAGUUUUACAG